AUGGCAGAAAAACAACCUUCAACCGUAAAGGAAGUGGUGAAGAUCCUAGCCGAGGUUUCUACUAAGCUGGAUGAUAUGAACACUAAACUAAGCCAUGAAAUUAAUACCAUGAACACAAAAUUAGGGACAGAACUGGAGAGCGUAAAUCGGUCUAUGGACUUUAUGAAUAAAAAUUUCGAGGAUUUCAAAAAAGACCUUGCUGCCGCAGUCAAAGAGAUUAAAGAACUGAGAGCUGAACAGGAUGCUCUAAAAGUUGAAAACAAGCGGCUUGCUGACGAGCUUUGUACGGUAAAAAAGGAGCUUCUUGACCUCCAACAAUACAGUCGAACAAAUAAUUUGGAAAUCAAGGGACUCCCACAGAACCCAAACGAAGACCUUGAGACCCUCGUCGCUAAGCUCGCUGGUUGUGCAGGGGUUCAGGUGUGCCCCGCUGACAUUGAUGUUGUGCAUCGUGUACCUUCGAAAACCCAGGGGGUACAAAAUGUGAUUGUAAAGUUUGUGCGACGUAGUGUCAGAGAUGAAGUCUUGUCAAAGACAAAAAAACGAAGGCUUACGAGCGCUGACCUUGGUUUUGAGACCUCUGUGCCAGUUUAUAUAAACGAACAUUUAUGUCUCGAAAACAAAAUCUUGUUGAGCAAAGCGAUCCGCUGCAAAAAGGAAAAGGGAUGGAAGUUGGCCUGGGUGUCCCAGAGCAGAAUUUUCAUGCGAAAAAAUGAGACUAGCGACGUCAUUUUGAUAACCAGUGAAGACGACCUUUCCAAGAUUGCGUAG